UGUGGCCACCGACGGAAGUGGCUUUUGCAGGAGGAAGUUUGCAAUUUUGAUUCUUGAAAACGUUGCUAGAAGUAUGAAUGAUUCUGAAACAUGGCUGUUCAAUGGUUCCUCAUUAGCAUCUCAAGUUCAUGCUGCUGCUGUUAAUGGACAUAAAAGAGCUCUCCUAAAACAAAUAUCAGGCAAUCCUGAUCUGAAAGACAAAGAGGACCAGUUUGGAAGAACCCCUCUGAUGUAUUGCAUCUUGGCUGAUAGAUUAGACUGUGCUGAGGUUUUAUUGAAGACAGGAACAGAUGUUGAUAAAGCCGACCAUAGUCAGAGAACAGCUCUCCAUCUUGCUGCACAAAAGGGCAAUUAUCGCUUUAUGAAACUUUUACUUGCUCAUAGAGCAAACUGGAUGAAGAAGGAUUUGGAAGAAAUCAUUCCUUUACACCUAACUACCCAGCAUAAGAGCCCAAAGUGCUUAGCUUUGUUGUUAAAGUAUAUGGCACCAGGAGAAGUAGAUACGCAGGACAAGAACAAGCAAACCGCUCUUCACUGGAGUGCCUAUUACAAUAAUCCAGAGCAUGUGAAAAUUCUUAUCAAACAUGAUUCUAACAUUGGAAUCCCAGACAUUGAAGGCAGAAUUCCACUUCAUUGGGCAGCUAAUCAUAAGGAUCCUAGUGCGGUUAAUACUGUCAAAUGCAUUUUGGAUGCUGCUCCAACUGAAUCUCUGCUAAACUGGCAAGAUUAUGAAGGACGAACUCCUCUCCAUUUUGCAGUUGCUGAUGGGAAUAUAGCUGUUGUUGAUCUGCUGACUUCCUAUGAAAGUUGCAACGUGUCUUCUUAUGAUAAUUUAUUUCGAACACCACUUCACUGGGCAGCUUUAUUGGGUCAUGCACAGAUUGUCCAUGUUCUUUUAGAAAGAAACAAAGUUGGAACAAUCCUUUCUGAUAGUCAAGGUGCAACACCGUUACAUUAUGCAGCACAAAGUAACUUUUCUGAAACUGUAGAAGAAUUUUUUAAACAUCCUUCUGUGAGAGAUGACUCAGAUCUUGAGGGAAGAACUUCUUUUAUGUGGGCAGCUGGCAAAGGUAGUGAUGAAGUCAUCCAGACAAUGUUAAAACUAAAACUGGUCACAGAUAUCAACGUGGCAGAUAAAUAUGGUGGCACAGCAUUACAUGCUGCUGCCCUUUCUGGCCAUGUCAGCACUGUGCAAUUGCUUCUAAAACAUUAUGCCCAGGUAGAUUCUGCUGAUGUAAUGAAACACACUCCUCUUUUCCGUGCUUGUGAAAUGGGACAUAAGGAGGUAAUACAGACCCUCAUUAAAGGAGGAGCAAGAGUUGAUUUAGUUGAUCAAGACGGCCACUCUCCCUUACACUGGGCAGCUCUAGGAGGAAACCCUGAUGUUUGCCAAAUAUUAAUAGAAAAUAAAAUCAAUCCUAAUGUACAGGAUUAUGCAGGUAGAACUCCACUGCAGUGUGCUGCUUAUGGAGGCUAUAUUAAUUGUAUGGUGGUACUAUUGGAAAAUAAUGCAGAUCCAAAUAUUCAAGACAAAGAGGGAAGGACAGCAUUGCAUUGGUUAUGUAACAAUGGCUACCUCGAUGCUAUAAAGCUGUUGUUAGGAUUCGGUGCCUUUCCCAAUCAUAUGGAAAAUAAUGAAGAAAGAUAUACACCACUUGACUUUGCCCUGCUGGGAGGUCAUCAUGAAGUAAUUCAGUUCAUGUUGGAACAUGGUGCAUUAUCUAUAGCUGCCAUUCAAGAUAUUGCAGCUGUCAAAAUUCAGGCAGUCUACAAAGGAUACAAAGUUAGAAAAGCUUUUCAAGAUAGGAAAAACCUUCUAAUGAAGCAUGAUCAGUUGAGGAAAGAUGCUGCUGCCAAGAAACGUGAAGAAGAAAAUAGGAGGAAAGCCUCAGAACAGCAGAAAGAAAUGCAUAAUUGCAAAACUACUAGGAUCAAUAUACAGCAACAGAAUUUUUCUGAGAUGGAAAGAAAUCAUUUGAGACUUCAUACGUCACAAUGCUCUGUUCCACCUGUUAAAAGGCCCCCAUCUGGCAACAUGUCACAAAAUCAACCAGGAAAAGGCAAGAGAAGCACUGUUUUAUCAAGCAAAGUGACUAACAAGAACAAAAAUCAUUCAGUAGAGCUACUUGGUGAAGAUCACAAAAGAAAAAUGGGUGUAUGUGAGGCAAACAGUAAUAGCAAGCCUGCCUAUAUCCUUUCAUAUUCCUGUAAGAAUAAUGACCAACGUAGGCAUCAAACUGAAAAAAAGCAUCAAACUGUAUCUGCUUCCUUAGGCAGGGAUGGGAAGCCUCCUACAACAACAACUGGUAUGUUUGUGCACAUCAGCAAUAAAAGGCAUAAUUCAAACACUAAAUCUCCCAACUCUGGGGAAGAAUUAGACCAUCCAAAUUGCUCCGUAAGGAAUAAUAUAAACCAUUCUGAAGAAACAACAGUUUUUAUUCAGGAUGACAAAUGCCUUAGUAGAAGUAGUAGAAGUAUAAGAAACUCGGGACAAUAUAAUGCAGCAUUUAAAAAUAAUCCACAUCAAUUAAAGACAAAAAGUAAAGAAUCAAAUAAUAAAAAAUGGUCAUUGAUUAGUUCAAGCAGACCUGGCAGUGCCACAGUAAGAACAAUGAAAGUUGAAAAGGCUACUUCAAAUGCUACAGCUACCCAGAUCAACAAAAUGAAAAAUAAUGACAUCUGUUUGGUGGCCAAAAAUGCAAGUUUUGCAACAAUUGCACUGAACAAGAUGGCUAGAAGUGAUGCAAGCCUGAAUCGAGAAGCUCUGUUAACAUCCACGAAUUCAGAAGAUCAGCAUGGUUUUGUUCAGCAUAAAAAUGCAUACACUGAAUCAGUCCCAUCAGCAAUUCAGAUGCAAGUAAUAGAAAAAGAAAGAGUAAGAAAAGAACUCUUUCAGAGGAAGUAUAAUGCAGCAAAUGUUAUUCAAAAGGUAUGGAGAAGCUAUCAGCUAAGAAAACAAUUCCUUCAGCUUUUUAGCACGAAACAGCAAUGUAAAGAUGAAUGGCAACAAAAAACAACUGUCUUGUGCAUUAAGGCCAUUUGGAACAAAAAGUUAAACUUUACUGUACCUAAAGCACUUACUUCAGGCAAAAUCCCAAAGGCAAUGAACAAAAACAGCUUGGUACAAAAGUCAACCACUUUGAAGCAGAUAUAUGGGCACUCACAAGAAGGAAAGGUGAAUCACCCAAUGAGAUUGCCUUCUUCAAAACAGCAGUUUUGUGAACUUCAGUUAAUAUCAGGGCAUCUUGAUUCCAUCAGUUUUCACUAUUUUUGCCUGUUCGAUGGUAAGCUUGGCAUAUUUCUCCAAUCCAACUACAUUUUUUUAGAUAAGAUCAUUUUUAUUGUCAUUUUUUACUGUGAGCAUACUGGCACCUAAAAAUGAAAUUCUGUUUCCCACUCUCAAAAUUGUGUGUGUGUGUGUAUCUCCCCAUACCCAUGCAUAACACAUAUAUACAUGCUACACACACACACUCUAUAUAUGUCUGUGUGUGUCUGUGUGUGUAUGUAUUACACACAUGUAUGUAUUACACACAUGUACCUACACACACACAUACAUACAUACAUACAUACAUGUAAGAGUUCACAAGGUUGACACUAUAUGGAACAAAGUUCUGACUGAAUCUGGAUGUUCUGCUUCGGGUACCAUGAAAGUAACAAGGAAAAUUGGUCAUGGACAGAAUGUGUAGCAUCUCUGACAAUACUGUGGAUCCUACUCAAGCAGCAUUUAUAUGCUAUGUCUUGGAUGGAAGGAAGUGAACUACCAGAAAUCUUUUCUGCCGUCCUCACCAUUCUCUGCCCAGCUUUCCUACCUGAAGCAGUAAUGCUUCCAAACCAGAUAGUAAUGCAAUAUGCUCUUGACCAUCCCUCUAUAUAAAGUCAUAAGGAUAGCGGAAGGAAUAUGUACUUUUCUCUUGGAACACAAAAGUGUUGCACCACAAAAGUGGUGACAAGCCAACUUAUUUGUCAGCUGCAAACUUGAUGCUGCUAACCACCUCCAUAGUUGACUCAUUAAUGCACAGAGGUGUCUAGCUGUGCCCGGUUUUUCUGAAAUUGACAAUGAUUCCCCUCCCCCGCCCCCAUCCCCGGUUUAAAAUGAGACUAUUUUUAUUACACCAGUUCAUCAAACCUUCUACCUUCUUGUGAUAAGCUCUCUCAUUGUCAUCCUGAAUAAGACCCAUUACUGUUGUAUCAUCCACAUACAAUAUGGUUGGUGGCAAACCUUGCAUAACGGUCAUGGGUCAGCAGGGUGAACAACAGCAGACUUAGGACACAGUCCUGAGGAGAAACUGUGUUCAAGAACGUUGUGUUAGAAGUAUUAGUCCCAAUUCAUACAUACUGGGGCCUAUCAAUAAGAAAAUCAAGAAUCCAGUUGCACAAAGGAGUGUUAAAGAAUGAUCGUAUUAAAUUAUAUUAAGUGCCAAACUAAAGUCAACAAACAGCAUUCACACGUGAGUAUUUCUUUCCUCUAAGUGCACCAAACUCAAGAUAGAAGAAAUAGCAUCUUCUGUAGAGCAAUUUGGAUGGUAAGCAAACUGAAGCGAGUCAAGUGCUGGAGGGAGGCUGGAUACAAUAAUGUCCUUUAUCAGCCUUUCAAAACAUUUUAUAAUGAUGGAUCUAAGUGCAACAGGAUUGUAAUCAUUAAGACCCCUAAUGGUAGAUUUUUUUGACACUGGCAAAAUAAUGGCAGUCUUAAAACACGAUGGGACCACUGCCUGCUACAAUGAAAGUUGAAAAUAUCUGUAGGAAAACAAGCCAGCUCAUCUGCACAUUCCCUAAGAACACAUCCAGGGAUAUUAUCUGGGCUUGCUGCUUUCCGAAUGUUAACUUUCCGCAAUGUUCUCCAGACAGAGGUAACAUCAAAGCUAAGUACUUGCAUGUCAGGAUGGGUCACAGCUUUCCUCACAGAAGUGCUAUUUGAUGCCUCAAAUUUUCCAAAAAAUGUGUUCAGCUCAUUUAAAAUGUCUGUGUUGCUCUUACAAGAUAGAGCCACCUUAUAGUCUGCAAUGGUCCACAUACACCUGGUUUUUGUAGGGAAAAGUUCUGAAUUUUCUGACAAUGGGCUUGCUUUGCAAUUUUUAUGGUGUUUUUCAAAUUGACCCUGGCUGUUCUAAGUGCUAGCAUAUCACCAGAUUUAAAAGCCACAUUCCAAGCUUUCAACAUCUUGUGACUCUCAUAGUCCAUGGUUUUGCAUUAGCCCUCACAACAAUGUUUUAAAGAGACGGAUAUCCUUAAUGCACUUCUGAAUAUAUGCAAACACAGUGAUGGCAUACUCCUCUAAAUCUAUGUUUUUUAUCUGUUGUCACUUCUUUAAACAUGCCCCAGUCCGUGCACUCAAAAGAAUCUUGUAAUGCUUCUAUAGCUCCCUCCCUAGGCAUAUAAAAGGGUCUGCAUUUGAUAGUCAAAAGCUCCACAUCAGGGGAGUACAGAUUUGAGACCACCUUGGCAUUAUUGUACUAUUUAUCAUUUAUAUAAAAACACACUCCUUUCAAGGAAUUUGCCACUAAGAACAACGCUCCAGUCCAGCCAAAAUGUUGAAAAUCGCACCAACCUAACAGCACUAUCAGGGACAGAGUGCUUUAAACAGGGUUUUGUUGCAAUGAUGACACAGGAGUUUCUCACCUCCUAGUUUGUUAUUAAACUUGCAGUUUGGUUUUCUUGCAGAGGUUUUAUUACCAAACUUGGUACCACCAACAGCACUAGGAGGGAGGGCAGUUUGUUCUUAUUUUUAGAUAUUAGUGGCUUGCUCUGUCAGUAUUGGUGAGAGUGUUCUUAGUGGCUCCUUGGUUAAUAUGUUUAUUGUUACCUUGUUUGUCUGCAUUACUGGUUCUUUCAUUGGAACUUCCUGAUUGUUGGUCUACUGUUAAUCAGACAAUUCCUGGAGGCCUGGCAAUCAGACACAGUGGCCAUCAACAGGCACAUAGAUAUAAACAACAUUUAUAUAUCACUCAAAAAAGACAAUCUAAAAGCCCAAAAAGAAAUUUUAAAAACCCCAAAAACCUCCUCACCAGGAAUGCAGUUUGGUAGUGAAAUGUCUGCAAAAAAAAACCACCAAGCGCAGAGAGCAUCAAGGAUCCCUCAGAAUGUAAACCUAUACUAUUCUGGAAAAAUGGUCCUUUUCUUAAAAACCUCCAGUGAUAAGAGCACCCACAACUUCUGAAGACAAACCCUUCCACUGAUUAAUUGUUCUUACUGUCAGAAAAUUCCUCCUCCUAGGUCUCUUUGAUAAUCUUCCAUCCAUUUCGUCUUGUCCUCAGGUGCUUUGGAGAAUAGAUUGAUUUGCUCUUCUCUGUGAUAGCUUCUCAAAUAUUGGAACGCUGCUAUCAUGUUACCCAUGUCCUUCACAGUUUCUGCAAUUGUUCAUUGUACUCCAGUCCCCUAAUCAUCUUUGUUGCUCUUCUCUAUACACUUUCUAGAGUGUUAACAUCUUUUUUAUAUUGUGGUGAGCAGAACUGGAUGCAGUAUUCCAAGCAUGGUCUUACCAGUGCAGAAUAAAGCAGUACUAACACUUCACAUGAUCUUGAUACUAACCCUGUUGAUGCCACAUAAAACUAUAUUGCUUUUUUGGCAGCUUUUUUGGUAGCACGCAAACAUACUCUCACUUUUUCCCUGCUACAUUUAAAAUGCCUUUAUAUGUUCUGGCUAGUUGAAAGAAUGAAACAGGGAAAUUUGCAACCUUACAUUCAUGUUAUGAACAAAUUCAGGUUAUGUAUAACAUUCAUGUUACAAAAUCCCCAAUAAACUACAAUGUUAUUCAUCCAUUUCCUCAUCUUCCCUGGAAUAACUGUAAGGAUAUCUUACACUACUUUAUUUCCCUCACCCAAAAUGAUAACAACACAGUGUUAUGUUGCAAGAUUAGAUAAUAAAGUGUUUUUGUCCUGCGAUUUUCUGGACUUCAAAUACAACAAUUAAAGUUUAUACACAUCUAUAAAAUUCCAUGAGUCAUUAUAUUCAUGUAUAUCAUUUUAUGAAUGUGUAGAAUCCAAUUCAAAUUUUACAUUCACUGUUGGAUAUCCCUUUUCCCUAUUGAUCUAUUAAUUGAAUGGUUUACUGUAUGAUGAUGACGGAUUUCAUCUGCAUGCAUUAAAGAUAAUUCUUAAGCAUUGGUAAUCCAGAAUAAUCACCAAGUUUUGUCCUUAGUUUUGCUUUUGGUAGAUUCACUGCCUGGUUAUUUCCAAAUUAUACCCACAUUGUGUUGAAAGUUUUGAUUUUUGGUUUUUUUUUUUAAAGAGCAGAAAAUACUUUCUUACUAGGGUUUUUCUUCCUAAAGAGUCACCUUCUAGGGAGAUGAGCAAUAAACAAAUUUAAUAUAAAAAUAUUUUGAAGAUAUGUUUCUUGAGAUUGUGCAUUUCACUAAUUGUUAAAACACAUUUCUUAGCUAAAAGACUGAAAAAAACUUUAUUUCAGAGGAAGAGAGGAGAUAAUUGAUAUAUUUCACCCAAGCCUGGUUUAGGGGGAUGAUAAUUGAUAUAUUUCACCCUGCCUUGUUUCCUCCUCCCAGCUCAUGUUAACACCUACAAGUUUAUGAAAAGAUUUUGAACUCCCAAGAAUUGCAGAAGCAUUUUUAGAAGUAGAAAUUAUUUAUCAUUUAUAAGAACAGUGAUUAAUGUAAUAUUGAGCAAGGAUAUUUCUAAUACCUGCACACUGCUCAGCUGGCUUUGUUAUCUAUAACAGCAAGCUAAACAGAAAUUUGGGGAAUGAGAGGCAAUCUAAAAAACUAGAGUUAGGAUGACUCUGGGAAGGAUUUAAUCAUAUCAAUUUUCUGUUUGAUAUGAUGCUCUGCUAUCAUGCUUUACUGAUAGCAUUUACUGAUGUCAGAUUAUGACCCUAAUAAAUUUAGACAAAAGCUGGAUCAUCACAAAAGCUGAAGAAAAAAAUUAUCCAGCUGAAUUGUAGUAAUCACUGAGAAUAUCUUGGAUUGCUAGGACAGAUAAUCUACUUCUAGAUAAAGUUGGACUGAUCUGACUUUAUUUGCAGUGAAGAUAAAAUUUAAGUGCUUUGGAAACCCAAUGUCAAGGCAAGAGCCUUUGGGGGGGAAAAACCUGAUUGCAAUACUGACCCAAUGACACGUGGCCUAGGAACAGAACGCAAAACUAUUUUGAAACUUUGACAAUGGAUAUAGUUCAAACAUUUUGUAGUUUUCCGGCUUUUUCAGGUUUACAUAAAUCUUUUUUGAGCAAUAAGAUCCUUCCAGAUACCCUGCUGUGAAGAUCAGAUUUUGAUAGCAAAUACCCAAAAUUCUGUUCUUCAAAUAAGGUAGGGCCUCUCACAUUCACACCCAAUUUUUAUCUCAUUGAUGGAAACACUCACCUUCGAAUGAACUGAUAACCCUAGAGGUUCAUAUCUUUCUUCCCCCCCCACACAAAUAUGUAGUUUUGGAUCAUUUUCCUAAAUAAAUGAACAAGUGUAGAUUUUUGACAGAUCACAUUUUAUGUCAUGCUGAAACACUGAAAUUCAAAAAAAGUCACAAACUUUUAAGCACCACUGUACCAAUUUUGAAGUUAUUCCUUGUUUUCCCUUUUGUAAUACCUGUCAAUGGACAAAACAAGAAUGAUUUUUUUUAAAAAAGCAACAGAUUUAUGUAAGCAGAUUUAUAUAAAAAUGGUAGAGCUAAAGUAGAACACAGUAGAGAUAAUAUAGGUACAAGAAUCCUCUAAAAAAUUAAAAGUACAUUUGCCAUUUAAUGACCUUCAAUUACAUAAGACAGAAUUUUAAGUUAGAUUUCUUUUAAUGUUUAAUAAAGAAAACUAUCUUGAGUCCUCACUGAACAAAAGCACUAAUACAUUUAUGCUUCUUUUACAGCAGGCGGAUUGCAGGAUAUUUGCUUAUCAGAAAAUCCAGGGAAAUAUAAACAUUUUUCAUAUAAUAUGAAACCUGCCACAAUAAUGAAAGCAAAACACACCAGAUCCAGGAAUGAAAAUAAAACUCUGCUAUAGCAU